AUGUCAACUAUGGAGUUUGAUUCUCGUGUUAGAGAUUCUCCGUUAAUGAGAAUAUCAUUUAAUGGAAAUGGAUCAAAAAAAUCAUCAAAUACCAAACAACUUAGUCAAUCUACUUCAAGUACAAAGACUACCGAUUUUCAAUUAAGUAGAUCACCAUUAACAUCAUCAAAUGAUGAUGGAGGAGGAGCACAUGAAGAAGAUAUUAUUAAAUUAUCAAAAGAUUUGAUCAAUACAUUUGGUAUAUUACUUGGCGACGACGACCAACCACCUCCUUUUAGUGAUGUUAUCUUUAAGGUGAGAGACCGUCGCUUUUUUGCAAGCAAGAUCAUGUUGGUAUCGCGUAGUGAAUAUUUCAAGGCAAUGUUUAUGUCUUCAAUGAAAGAAUCGUCCAUCAAGGAGAUUACACUCGAAGGUGUGGAACCAGACGUCUUUUAUGUCGUCCUACGUUACAUAUGCAUUGGUGUGUUGGAUCUAGACAUUGACAUUCGUAUCAUUGGUUCGAUCUAUCAAUAUUGUGACUUGUUGGGUUUGAAUCGUGGUAAAGAUUUGGCAUUGGGUAUUAUGAAUAGAGCAGCAACGUCGUUUAUGGACAAACCAGACCUUGACAAUGCCAUGUUGCUCUGGGACUCUGCCAACCGCAACAUGAUCAACGUUGAAGCCAUCCAUCCCAACCUACGUGCCUUUAUCGUACAGUAUGCACCCCUGGUGCUCUACUCUGAUGUAUUUUUAACAUUGUCCGAAAAGACCAUUUGCGAUAUGUUGAGAAACGAUGGUCUGCGUCUCGAAGAAUUGGAUAUCCUCGAGUGUAUGGUGGAAUGGUGCCGAACCAAUAGUGGAUACAUCCUCAACAGUGUCCCAUCAUCUGCUGCUCAAAAUAAUAGCAACAAAAACAACAAGAGAAAUAGUGCAACCUAUCAUCUCAACGAUAGGAAAAAGGAUAUGGAUGGAGAUCAAUCUAGUUGUAGUAGUCGUUGUAGUAGUCGUCGUGGAUCAAUUGUUGAAAAGGAAACUGGUGAUCUAAAUAGAAGUGAUAGUCAUACAGACGAUGAUUCCGACGACGAUGAAUCUAGUUAUAGUGAAGAUUUUGAUGAUGAAUUUACAGAUGAUGAUGAUAAAGAAGAUUCUGCCAAUGAUGAUUAUUAUUAUUCUGAACAAGGAGAUCAAAAUGAAGAAUGGGAUGAAUCAUUGGAUAAAAAUCUUUUAAACAAAUUAUUACCAUUGAUUAGAUGGGAGAAUAUGAAUAUUGGAGAUGCAUUUGAAAGAUUGGAUAAUUUAAAGAUUGUUCCUGAAAAGGAUAUCACUGGGUUGUUGCGAGGUAUCAUGAAAGCCAAUCGAGGUGAACCAUUCCAAUUUUUGGGUUAUCAUUACAAAAGACCUCGUAACAUUAGAAAACGUCCCUAUCCCAUUGAAUUUUUACUUGCCAUUACUCAACCAUUUGAUACUUCCAAAGUUACAAAUGAAAUCAUCCCUUUGAACAAUUUUGGUGGUAAUGAAUUUGGUCCAGAAAAUUCUUGUCAAUUCCUUUAUCGUGUUAGAAAAGAUAUAAAAUUACCUGCAAAUUUAGAAAGAUUUACAUUUAAAGAUAGAGAAUUUUUCGUACAAUUAAAAGAAAGAGAAAAAGGACAAUUAGCAGUUUAUUUAGCAUUUGGUUCAAAGAUAUUAAAACCUUUGGCAAUGAGUGUCACUGCCAGUAUCAUUGGAUUGAGAUUCCAAGAGUCGAUCGAAUUUAAUUAUAAAAAGUUGUUUGAAGAAGGGUUCGAUAGUGCUUGGGGUUGGCCUCGUUUUGUAUCACUCGAAACUUUACAAAAGGAUAAAUACUCUCAUUAUGGUGAUAGUUUCUGUGUUUUGGUCGAAUUAAAUACUAUUUAUAAUUAA